GAGAAGAUGGCGCGUCCCGGUGAGAUCGAAUAUGUAAGGCAGACGAUCCUCGUGCCUGGGGGUGUUGAUUUGCCUCCUCUAGCUAAAGGCUCGGCAACUGUCAGCGAUGCCCACGAAUUCUUCUCGCGAGGAGACAUUAUCCUGAUGGUCAACGGUUCCAAGAUCAGCUCCCACAAAGAUUUGAUCUCAGUGUGGCACGGAAGUCCGAACCGCGAAGGACCGAAGGAGGUUGUUAUUUACCGAGCGCAAGUUGGCCACUCGGUGAAUUACAGCGGUGGUGGCGCUUCGUCUUCCUCUGCCCGAGGACCGCAGGGCCGCGAAGCGAUAUCGCAGCAGCGUCAUCAACAGCUGCCACCUUCCGGGACUAAUAAGCCGAACAUCAAUAACUAUCAGCAGGUGCAUACUCCAGCUCCGAGAUCUGGUUCUGGGCUUGGAGGACCUGUUUCCUCGACACGGUUUUCCGCCAUAUCGUUGGAACCCUUGCCUCAACUCCCUGUGCUACAGCAUAGCGAAUUGAGAAAUGCGUUGCUGCAGCCGGCACCUCCUGACAUCCCGGAACGUGUUGUGGAUGAGGCGACCUCGGACGGCGAAAGUGAAGUUCUAGCACGGCCAAGACAAGGGCCGCCACCAGCUAAAAAGGCCAUUCUACGAGACGACAAGC